CUUUUUUUUCCAAAUUUUCGAAUAAGGAUACAAGACACAUUUGACUUCCAUUUCUUGAUUUCUUCUCCAUCAAAUUUACAGAAAAAUUAAAUACCGAUAAAAACUUUAACAAUGGCUAAUCCCCAAAGCAUUGACAAUACCACCAUUUCUCAAAGAUGGUCUCUUUCAGGAAUGACAGCUCUUGUAACAGGCGGUACUCGUGGAAUCGGACAUGGAGUAGUAGAAGAAUUGUGUGGGUUUGGAGCAAGAGUCCAUUUUUGUUCAAGAAAUGAAGAAGAAUUAAACAAUUGUUUGGAAAAAUGGAAAGUUAAGGGUUUUCAAGUUAGUGGUUCUGUUUGUGAUGUUACUUCUAGAGAACAAAGAGAGAAGCUAAUGCGAGAUGUAUCCUCAAUCUUUAAUGGGAAGCUCAAUAUUCUUGUAAAUAAUGCUGGUACAAACAUAAGAACACGAACGACCGAGGUCUCAUUUGAAGAAUAUGCAAAAAUUAUGGCUACCAAUUUGGAAUCGGCUUAUCAUCUUUGCCAGCUUGCUCACCCUCUUUUGAAAGGUUCAGGAACAGGAGGCAUUGUCUUUAUAUCAUCGGUUGCAGGUGUUACAAAUUUGGGUACUGGAUCUGUUUAUGCAACUAGUAAAGCCGCAAUUAAUCAGUUGACCAAAAACCUUGCUUGUGAAUGGGCAAAAGACAAUAUCAGGGCCAACACUGUUGCGCCGUGGUAUAUCAAAACAUCGCUUGUGCAACAUUUACUUGAUGACAAGAGCUUCGUGGACAAGGUAAUUGCGCGCACGCCUCUUGGUCGCAUCGGAGAAGUUGAAGAGGUUGCAUCAAUGGUGACAUUUCUGUGUCUUCCUGCUGCAUCUUACAUCACAGGUCAAGUUAUUUGUGUUGAUGGUGGGAUGACUGUCAAUGGUUUUAACCCUGGGGUCCUCUAGCUCAAUAUUCCGAUAUUAGUAGUUUAAAUCAUUUAUUUUAUCACAUCUCGGUUAAUAAAUCUAAUUUUCUUUUUUCGUCCCUAUGACAUAUUGUGAGUGAAUAUGUUACUAUCGAUAACAAUCACAUAAUUAUUAAAAAUCUGGCCUUUGGUAUGACUCAAGCAAGAGGUAUGGAAUGUUGCUUGCUAAGCUUUUCCUCCUUUAGAUUUAUAUAGUUGUACAAUUUAUCAUUGUUAACUACAACCAAUUUUAUAAAUCAUAAUUUUAACUAUUUAAA